UCUCAAGAAGAACUUGGGUUUUUAGUUGGAGUUAAACCGAUGUUGCUUUUACGUCUCGUUUACGUAGUAUUUGUUUUCAUUUUUCUUGCGAGUUACCAAGAGCGUCUUUUGCAAAAAUGGAUUUAACGAAAAUAUUGUUUAUACCCAUAAUGGGCUCUGCUCUGUUCUUGCGGUACUGUGAUUGUGCCAUUUCCGGGUCCAUUGUUGAAAAAUGCGACUCACGCGGCGUCUACGACAUGGAGGUAUUCUUCACACAGGAUGGUUCCGCCGCAACCGGAAACUGUAGCUGUCCUGAUUGGAUCGGUGAUAGAUGUUGUCAAGUGCUUGAGCGUCUGCAAGCGAAGCUGCCCACGUGCAAUCCAGGAUGUCUUAAUGAAGGCGUAUGCUUUACCAACGAUACUUGCCAAUGCGUCAAUGGGUUCUUUGGUCCUCGCUGCGAAAGAGGCGGUGAUAUGGAAGAACGUCUGAAGCCCCGUCUCAAUCCCACGCUGCCUCUACGUGACCUCUAUCAGCCCCUCUCCUGGUAUGACGGCCCCGAGGCCGCAUGGGACAACAGGGCCUGCUACGUGAAGGUCUCCAUGGAGAACUCCCCAGAUGACGUCAUUAUAACCGCGGUGAGCACGAAGAUUGACGUCAUUUCCGCCACAUUCGGUAAUUUUACGGCUGGCCCUAUGGACGCCGAUGGGAAAAUCAACGGAUCUUUUCGAUUUGCAUGCCUGGAGGUUCGAUGUCCGAGUGCCAAUAUUUCCGGGGAUGCAUUUGAUGUCACUGUCGAUGUCUCGUUGGAGUCCGCUUUUGGGCCUUGUCACAUAAGCGAGCAUGCCAGUAUCAGCGGCUUCAAAAAGGAGGCGGCAGCCGACGCCGGAAAUAGUGACAAAGGGCGCUUCGUGCUCCAUUACGGCAACAACUACGGCUCCAAGUUCGGCGUGUAUGCCGUCAACGGUUAUUUGACAAACGCUCUCUACCUAUCACGUCAGAAAUGCUACAGCGGCAGCGAGUUUGACGUCACUAACGUCAACGUCACUCGAGGCGCGGCCGUCACUUACGCGUGCUAAACAGGCAUGGGUCCGUUUUUACCAACCCAUUCUUAAAAUUAAACACAAAGAGAUGACUUAGAACUAUGAAAAAACUUUCAGCGUACCAAUGUUUACAGGCUUUAAAGUUUGCUAGUGUCAUCAAUAUAAGUUCUUAAUGCAGUAUUAUAUAGGUAGUGGUAUUCAAGUUCUUAUCAUUUUGGACUUUAUUAACCCAUUCAUGCUUAGCGUCCU